AUGUCAGAAGGCCAGUUCACGACGGAUUUUUUCUCGAAAGCUAGCUUGCGCGAGCUGAUGACAGGAAGUACGGGUGAAGAACAGGAGAUGGAGUCGGAAUCGGACUCGAGGUCGGAAUGUGAAGACAUGGACGAGGACAUGGAAGAUGAGAACGAAGUGUCACUUGAUACAGUGGAGAAUGCGAUGGCUCAGUUAGAGGAUGAAGAGGAUGUCGUUGCAAUGAAAGGAGCACGCGCUGAGUAUAUGCAGGAACUGAAUGAAUUUGACGACGAUGCUGGUAACGUGGGUCAUGUUGCCUCACCUCGAUUGCAACCAGGUCAUUUGGGUGAAACAAGACCCUCGACGCCAUCUUCUGUGAUAUCGAGAAGCACUGCUGCAAGUGAACGGGGGGAUGAUGACGACGAUGAGUUUGAUACGGCAAAAGAAAAUCAAGUGGAACAUUCGGAACUUCGACCUUCAUUUGAGAAGGGAAGACAGCGCAAUCUUACAACGUACGAUGAUUUUGAGCGCGACGAGAGCUCGGAUGAAGACAAUGAAGAUGAUAAGAAGUCCAAGCCUAGUCGGAAACGGCAGCGUAGCAAUACAAACAAUCAAAAGAAAAAGCGCCAUAAGUCACUCGAGUCUCACGACCACAACGGCUUCAAUGAUAGAAUUCGUGAAAAAGCUCGGGAUGCUGCUGAGGAACAAAAGCUUCAAGCUUGGAAAGCUUCUGUGCAAUCGCUGCAAGGAUUUGAGGACUCGUUGAAUCCAGUGGAUCGCUAUGCGCUCCAUUUUCGUGAGGAUGUCGAACCAUUGUAUGCGUACACUCCUGCUCAACAGGUUGCUCUUGAUGGAGUUGAAGCUGAUCCCAGUCCGCGUACGCUUUUACAAGAUAUUGAGCAGAUCGAGCUUGGAAAGCGAGAAGAAGAGAUCCGUCUUAUUGCUGAAGGAGAGCUUGUGGUUGGACAAAUGGAUGGUGUUGAGGGACUUAGUCCAGAGGAAAUUGACAAGCAGUACGCUGAGUUGUAUCGUCGUGAACGAGCGCACGUACUCUUCGAAAGUCGAAAGCGUUUAGUUACAGGAGCAGCAUGGUCGCUUUUGAAAUGUGCGAACACUGGUCAACCCUUCUACUUCAAUCGAGAUACACGUGAAGCCACAUGGGAAUGCCCUCCUGUCUGGACUGCAAAUGAGCAGCUUCAAAGCGCACUCAAGAGAGGGUAUGAAGGCUUACCGCCACCAGCAUUACAACGCGUGAUGGCAAUGCUGACCACAUAUCCUGAACGUCAUCGUGCACAAAUGGUAUGUCGAAGCUGGCACACAGCAGCGCAGCAUCCUUCGUUGUUUGUUAAGGUCUCUGCUUGUGAUUUUGAGCUCGGGUCCACAGCAUCUUUGGUCCAGGUUCUGGCCAAAGUAGCACCUGGUGACACAAUUCUGUUUGGCGCUGGAGUAUAUCAAUUGGAUGAACCGUUGGAAAUCUCGAAGUGUGUGCGACUACUUGGAGCUUCUGAUUCACACAUUGAGCUGCAGAUGCAUUCUUGUCGUGCGCAAGUUCGCUGGAGUGCCCGCGGUGGAAUCAUUCGUGGCUUCCAUUUUACGCGAACGACUAGUGUUCCCGAUGCUGCUGCGCGUGAGAUCAAAUCGUGCAAAAAUUAUACUGCGGUGACCCCCGUAGUUCGGGAAAGUAAACGUGCUUUGCGUAAGCAAGACAAAAAAUUGGCGAAUUGGCAGCAUUUAUUAAGUGUGGUGGGGGACGGACAGCUGCGUGUGGAGUUCUGCGAAUUUGAAAGCAAUGGAUUGGGCAACGCAUGCGUGUGCGUCUGGGGCCGAGGGGAAAAGAAAAAGAAAAGGAAAAGAAGACGCAGAGAUGAGAAGAGUACCAGUUCGACGCUACCAUCAAAGCCUCAGACUUCUCUUGUUGAGCCGUUAGCGACGUUGGCUUCUACUGACACACCAUUAUCUUCCACGACGCAUAUUGUUGCUGCCACACCUAAUGACUCAGGUAAGUCAUCGGGUAAAGAAAUGCUCACCACGGCGCAAGCAACUGCUUCGACACUAAAAGGUACACCUUCAAGUGUAGUACCAGUCGCUGUGCCAGCGAUCGUCUCGCUGUCGAACAUACCGACAACUUCUGUCCCGACAACCACUAUAACUAGAAUUGUGGCGCCAACACUUUCAGCGCCUGUUAGUAUGAGCCCAAUAUUGAAUACUGGAGAAACAAAAAUGCCGCGUGUUACUUCUCAGCCUGGGGAUGCUGCAACGACAACAAAGAUUCCUGCUGCGGAUACAUUGCUAGUGCUUCAGAAUUGUCGCAUUCGAGGCGCGGGAAGUUCCGGUGUGCUUCUUGUGCGUGGGUCUUUGGUCAUGUCACUAAAUACAGUAGAAGACAAUGCACACUCAGGAGUUACGGUGUUGGGUGGACAUGCUAUCAUGCGACGGAACAAAAUUCAACGAAAUGCACGUUUUGGCAUACGCCUUCUCUAUCACGCUGGCAAUGUAAUUAUUGAAGACAAUGUUGUGUUUGGGAAUGCAUGCGGGAAUUUAGAUGUCGACAAUUCGGGCCGACGGUUUGUCAUUCGUUUAAAUGAAAUGGAUAAGCAAAUAAAGACAUCAGAGUCACUGCCACAUUCACAUGGCAAAUUACGUCUAAAAACAUAUCGCCUUUUUGAGAAGAAAGUGCCGAUGGAUCUCAAGCCAGCGACUAAUGUGAUGAGUGCUGCAAGUGAGUACUGGAAGCGACAAUUUACCGAAUAUAAUGCAGUGGCCCCGCAAGCUUCGGUAUCAUCCGUUUCCACAACGAUGUCUGCCGUCCCUCCGGCAAACCCAGUCAUCGUAACUAAAAAUAUGAUUGGAGCGAGUUUUCCAAUUGGAUUAAUGCAGUCUGGUGCGUUUGCACAAGGUCCUCAUGCAUUACACGUCUCAAAUCUGCCGAUGGCGUUGGCAUUGGCAAGAGCAAAGGCGAUGAUUCCAUCCACGACGCUCAGUCGGUUAAGUACGGAUACUUUUACACCAGGAAAUACAACAAAUACCUUUCAGAGACCCGUCACUAUACCUGGUACUACUUUUGGAGCGACUACGACAACCGUCUCCACGUCGACUAAUACGUCUCUGUUCGUACCUUCAAAAAAGCAACGUACACGGCGACCGAAGACGCAACAAACUAUAAGAGGUGAUGGUGAGAUUAUUUUGCGUGACACUUGUGAGUUGCCGAUUGAAAAGAUAGUCAAACCCCGUCGUCCAAAGAUUCCACAGACACCAGUGCUUACUACAAUACUACCGCAAACAAUAUCAUCUUCAUCUCCUUCCCUGAAUUCGAACCCUGGCUCAACCGCAACCGCGGUAGCCGCAGCACUUCAAGUCAUGAUGGCGAAGACUAACAACUCACAGAACUCGCAAGCCUAUCCAUCGUCCAAGACGCAGGCCGAAAAAGAAGAUGCAACAAACUUUGUAGGUGAUGAUAUUGUAGCCACAAAACCAGAAACGACUAGUAUGGGUGCGAAAUCAGUAGCUCUGACACCAGAAACCACUGAGGCAAAACUCACGCAGUCGGUAAGCGCGUCUUCCACAUCCAAAAUUAUAGCAACUGAAAGUACUACAACUCCGGUUGUCGCGGCUUCAAUUGAAGGUGCUACGGAUGCUGGUGAAACCAAUAAAGGCAACGGUACCAAUGCUGAAAGUUAG